CUGAGAUAGGAUAUAGAAACGUGAAAUGGAGUUGAAAUUUGAAUAGGCUAACUAUUGGUAACGCUAGGCGAUUAGAGUCGUUGAUUAUUCUCACAAACUGGAGCUGCACGAUCUUGUUGUAGAGGAAGUGCUUCGUGCUAAGGAUCAUUGAUUGUUUGUGAAGGACAGAGUGGCACAACCGCACGCACGGAAGCCGUUGUUGUACUUCAGUAGAGUCUACGUGUUAUUGUGGACCUUCGUUGAGAAAGAACAUGUCGGCCAUUUUGCAGAUGCGUCCCGAGAACAAGGUCGACGAGUGUUUUCUCGUGGAGGUUCGGGGUACCUUCGAACUGACCCGGGAGCAGCUGGAGCUUCGAGGUGGCGAUAACCGCCAGGGCUUGCAACUUGGGAAAUUUCGGAUCAAAGAGGGCAAUAAUGUUUACGUCUUUCGAUUAGAUGACAACAACUCCAACUCGUAGUUUUUCAUGAAUUUCCCCAGAGGAUAGAUGUGUUCACAGUCUUCCACGUAGCCGUUCUGAGCCCGAUCCAUGCAUUGACUGAGAUGUUGGCUGAGGAUUGACAUUUUAGAAGUAGGAAAGGACUCUAAGAUGUUGAGUUAGAGAUGGGAAGCAACAUGCUCGUAGGGACCGUAGAAAAAUUGAAGAAGCCACUGUUGAUCGUCAAGAAAACCGGACAGAAGCGAAAUUGUCUGCGACCUCCAUUACGAAUGCUGGCUUGACGUAGAAAUUUCGAGGCUCGUUGGAUGCACGACUGAUCUCUCAUUUUGUCCAGCGUAGACUUUGUUGGGCGGAGCUGUACAGGACUGCAUUAACUAUCCAUCAUCCGGGUUAAAACUUCAAGGUGUUUAGUUGGUCUCUUCGUCCUUUUGCUCGGAAAAGUCUGCGGCAAUUCUUUUGCUUUGUUCUAAUUCCUAAGAGCUCUAGGAGCGAACAGCAGUCCGGAAGCGCUGCCGUGGAUGGAAAAGUCGCUCCAGCAAGGACGUCACAAUUUGCUGCCACUGGAUCUUUAGGUGCUCCUGGUUUUGGGGGAGGCUUCGGUGGAAGCAACACUGCAUUCGGAGCUGGCUUUGGAGGGUUUGGCGAAAAAAUGGAAGAAAUUUUCUCCGGGGACACGCGAAGCGAGAUACUCGAAGUCGAAGCAGUGAUCCGGCGGAAAGCAAUCUUCACGAAACGGCCUAGUAUCUUCGUCCCUCCGGAACUCGUAGAGAAGCCUGUGGAUAUAAGCAAACGCAAAAAAAAAUAGUUUAGUUUAUUUUAUUUUUCACGAUUUGCCGCGCACAGUCAGUACUAGUCUCGGGUGAUUGAUGAAAGUCGAUGGAUCUUUCUUUUCCAUGUGACAGCAUGAGAUGAAACUGUGGUGCUAUGAAUCUUCGUCAUGUCUGGUUCUACUUGACUACUUUCCUGUCAAUGAUGCUGCAUUCUGGAAGAAAAAUCGAAAUAAUCUAGGAGACGUGCAGUAGGUGGAAAUGCUGAAACUAGUUGUUCUCGAAAUGCGCAGUCUCCUGCCGUACUUGUGCAUGAAUUCAGAGAAUUGGAAUGCUUCAAUACAAAUCUGAAUCGAUGAGUGGUACACCGAAGUAAGUACGAGACACAUGAUGCAUGAUUGACAUCUGAGAUGAACUCAGCGCGCACUCCAUCUGGAGGGCUGGUGGCGAUUUCAUGAGUGCAUAUGAAUGUCAGACAGUUCGAGAAUUUGGAAUUCCUAGAAGCCCGUGUUAAUGAAUGAAGGUUGAAUGCAGCGUGGCGAAUGAUUCUGAAUGCACAGCUUGACCUGAAGAUUGAAUGUGAAAUCCAAGGAGAUGAAGUGCUAACUCGCUUCCGCGAAUGUGAAAAAUCUCUCUGAAUUUUGUACUAAAACGUGAAGCUGCAAAUACAAAUGCAUGAAGUUGCAACUGUUCUUGCAACAGUACAACUAUGAAUAUUCAC